AUGUCCAAGUAUCACUUUAAUUGCGUAAGGUAUAGACACUUCCUUAGGACAUCAAAUAUUUCCCAAAUCCCUGAUUUUACGAAGUACUGCAUAGGGCCCGUAAAUGAGGAAUUAGCACCUUAUAUCAUGGAGACCAUGAAGGCAUAUCCCUCAAACUCCAAAUAUAUCAACCCGCAGCACUACUACCAUAACAGAACAGUUUUAGUGGAUAACUACUUGAAGCGAAACCCGAAUCCGGUGUCAUUAACUCAAUUGGCACAAUAUUAUGACGAUUCUACCAAAUUAACCAGAACGAAGAUCAUCAACUCUGGGAAGUUUGUUAAGGGGGAACUUGUGAUCAGAAUCGCGCAUAAACUAGAUCAACUGCAACAACUGCCUUUCAACGUUGUGAACAACUUCCAUUUUGUUCAAGUCUAUGAAUCAUAUUACAACAUUUUUGAAAGUUUUAGAAAGUAUCCGACUAUAAGGACUUUAGAAGAUGCUUCUCAAUUUGCCGACUUUAUCAAAAGUAUGUUAGAGGGCUUCAAUACACUUAAUCUACCACACUUAAUUAUGGGAGCACUAGAAUGUACAAUUUUGAAUCUCUAUCCCCGUGAGAAAAUGGAUGAGUUACUAUCCGAUUUGUUAAGGGCCCGAAUAUCAAGAAGACUGAUUGUGGAAGAACAUGUCAGCAUCACAGCCAACUACACUAGUGGUAAAAGGGAAAACACUUUGGUAUUAGGUGAUAUAUUCCAGGAGUGCAAUGCCAAGAAGUAUUUAUUGGAAGCCAGUGAAGAAGCUCAAAAAUUCAUUCAAGAUAUGUACUUUAAGGAUAUUCCCAUGCCUGAAUUUAUUGUUGAAGGUGACACUCAGUUAACCUUCUACUUUUUGCCCACCCAUCUAAAGUAUUUGUUGGGGGAAAUCUUGAGAAACACUUAUGAAGCAACCAUGAAGCAUUAUAUCCGUAAGGGAUUAGAAAAGCCGCAGCCAAUCAUAGUCACUGUAGUAAGUAAUGAUGAAUCCUAUCUGUUCAGGAUUUCGGAUAAAGCUGGUGGUAUACUACACGACGAUGAAAACCUAUGGUCUUUUGGUAAAUCUAAGGAAAGAGCUCAAGAAUCUUUGAACAAUUUUCAUAAGUUGCCUGGUUUGCAGACAGUUUCUAUUUAUGAUCAAGUUCAUUCCAAUACCAAUUACAGUCCCAAGUCUAAGUCGAUACCGCCAAUGACACUGAAACCAUACAUGCAUACGUCAUUGGAACCAAUGAGUUAUCCUAGCAUAAUCAAUGGCCAUAUGAAAUACGAAACCCCCUUAAUCGAAUUAUUAAAGCGCUCUUUUAGAUACAAACUGGGUAUUGGUUUGGCCAUGUGCAAAGUAUAUGCCGAAUAUUGGAACGGUGAUUUGUCCUUACAUUCGAUGCCUGGAUAUGGAACUGAUGUAGUACUAAAAUUGGGCAACUUGAUGAAACAUACAGAGAAACUACAAUUAGAUAAAGUAUGA